AUGACCUUGGACGUGACAGACAAUUUCAGUCACAUAAACGGGAACUGAAAGUGGAUAUGGUAGUUUUGGCGCCCAUUACAUCUGGAUACGGUGCAUGUCUGUAAAGCUACCGAAGUAUUACUUGGCACAUUUUGACUUUGUAAAGUAGCUUCUGGUCAGUUCACUUGUCAUUAGUAAUAAAUAGCGGAUUUCUCAACUCUAGUGAAAGAACAUAAUAUAUUUUUAGGAGAUCUACUUACAACAAAUUGUGGCCAUCGUUAUGAGAGUGAAGACAGCUGAUAUUUAAACAUUUUCUGUCUACUGGUUUUACUUAUCAAUGAAGUGGAAUAAUUCAAAUUCUAAGUAUCUAAAAAUCCGAGUUACUCUACAUGAGUCGGAAUUGGAAUUUAAUAUAUCACCAAAAAGUACAGGAAAAUAUCUCUUCGACCUAGUUUGUAGCACAAUCGGACUACGGGAGACGUGGUAUUUUGGACUACAAUUUUACAGUUUCUUCCCUAAUGGAAGAAUGCGACUUUCUCAUUGGUUAAAGCUGGACAAAAAAAUUAUUUCUCAGAAGCCAGAAGACGUCUCUAAACCUCUCUGCUUUUUUUUCCAUACAAAAUUCUUCCCUGAAGAUGUUGAACAGGAACUGAUACAGGCUACAACUCGUCGUCUAUUCUAUUUAAGCGUUAAAGCCACGAUUUUGAAUAGAAGCGAAUCUAAUAUGAAUGGAAAUUGUUUUGGCGAUCUUUGUCCCUCACUGGACGUGGCUAUUCUACUUGCUUCACUGGCGUCUCAGGCAGAAUAUGGUGAUGUUUGUGAAGAUGAGCUUAGUGACACAGAAGAGUUGACCUCCUUGCCACGUCGCAUUAUUAGAUUGAUUCCAGCUCAACUCUGGACACAGGUUCAGUCAACGCAAGGUGUAACUCAAAAGUUUAAAGAAUACUACAAAUCCCACAAAGGAAUGAAUCGGGACAAGGCGGAACUUCAGUAUCUUAAAGUGGCGCAGAUACACCAUCUUUUUGGAGUGGAUUUCUUCCCCAUUGUUUGUGUACGAAUGAAAUGCCCACGAAUGUCAAAUUUAACACGUAAUUUUACUCAAAACGAGUUUACUAUCUUGCACAACACGAAUAAGUGUCAAACGAAUGCUUGGCUCGGUGUCACUGCUUCAGGGUUGCAGUUGUACGGAAAAUGUCAGCGUGAUCCGCCACAAUUCACAUUCCCUUGGAAUUUGAUUAAAAACGUAUCUUAUCGUGAACGUAAAUUUACCAUAAAACUGACUAGUACUUGGCGAGGAACAAGCAAGCCUAACCAUAGUGUACCUACAACCACAACUUCUUUGCCUGCAGGGCUGAAUGAAACCAGUGGUCAGACUGCUAAUUCAUCAAGAGUAAUCCAACCAAGUCGAAGUCCCUUAAUAAGCGUCACUGGACAAGCCCUUGUAGGUCUGACUGUGGGUUCCAGUGCUGGUGGGAGUGGUACAUCAGCAGCAAGUUUGCCUAGUACUCCUAUAUCAGCCCGUCUUGUUCCUUCAAUACCACCAAUUUCUCCAAAUGUUCUUGAUCAUUCUAUCAAUGUCUUAUUUCCUCGUGCUGAUACCAAGUUUGAUUCCUGUGAUCCUGUGCAGCAGUUUGGUGUCUCAAAAAGUCUCAAAGGUCGCGCAAAAGGUUGGUUAUACUGAGAUCGUAUAUUUUUUCGAUAGAUGAUAAUUAUAGUGUGCAGCACUCUAAAAUUAAUUUCUAAUCACUACUGUAAGCUUUGAAAUAUCGAAAUUAAGUAUUACAUAUUUUCGUAGUCAUUGAAUUGGGCAUUACAACGUAUUUAAGGGUAUCUAUAAUUAAAAUUCAUUCUGCAGCCGUCUUUUCCGAUAAAUGUAUCACAUCAGAACUGUCAAAGAAGCUGAAAACGAGAGACCAGUUAGUUUCCAUUAAUCUAAUACAGGUAGUAAAUAAUACUGUUUCACUCUCUUCUGCUAAAUAAACAAACUAACAUGAAACUACAUACUGUCACAUUAGCCAAGUUUUACACUUACGCUGAUCUAUUGUUACUGUAUUACUUAUUCCCUUGGGUUGCUAGUGGAACAUGGCCUUAGCAGCGCAUAUCCACUUCACUGUAUUCUCUGAAGUCUUUUUUAAAUUGGCUCAACGAGUACAUACAAACAUUCAUUUACUCCCCACACUAUCUACUUCAUACGACACUCGGACGUCCAACUCACCUUUCCCCAUUCGGGUUGCACUCGAGGACUUGUUGUGUGAUUUCACUCAACAGUCUCCUCAGUGUAUGUCUAAUCCAUCUCCAUUUUCUUCUGCAUACUUUUUGUGUGUUAGCUUGUUGGUUGGUUUAGUAACAGCCAGAGUUCAUUGUUACUUGUCUGCCUUGAAAGCACAGAAAUCUGAGGAUAGUUAUCAGUUCUCAUUUAUUUCACCGAGAGAGAUUCCCUUCCUGUAUUGUCUGCUCCCAGUGUGGUAUUAUAUCACCCAUUAGAAUUUCGACAUUUCCAUUUGAAAAUUUGUCUGUAGAAGUCUUCGGUUGUCAGCUCGUAGGCGUUUUUCCUGGCAAACUAGUGUUCUUCCUUUCUUUUGGAUUCAAUCUUGCUAUCAUUUUCCUGGAGGAGAUUGGUCCCAACUGCUUAACAGCUUUGGUUGCUGUUGGUGACACGAUAGCCCCUCAAUGUGCUCGUGGAUGUAAUAUGGGUUAUCAGAGUAGAUAGUUGACUAUCCAGUUAAUAAUUUGGAGAGUUCACUUUCAUCCCAUAUACUUUCACAAAUUCCUAGCACUUCUGUGCCAUAUCUUCUCAUGUCUCCGGCAAUUUGAGCAGCCUUCCUAGCUUCGAAUAUCGUGCGUGUACUACGUGUCCCCAUGCUUAUUUUUGCCUUCAUCGAAAGAAGACACAUCAUCUGACUGGCUUCUCGAAGGCUUUC